CGCGCGCUCGCGUGCGAUCCUCUGCCAAACUGGAGUGUUCCGCAGGGCCGGUAUGCUUCGACAACUUAGGAGUUUCCGAAGGUCCCGCUACGGUGGCUCUUCGCCCCGUAGGAGAAGUGGCCGCCCGAUCCGAACCUUCGCUACUUCGGUUACUUGAUACGGAAAAAAGUGGUCAAUUAAGCCGUGCCCGUGAUCGUCUCUCAUCUUUCUGUAAAAAACUUCGACGUACCAUCAGCGACGUGGAUACUCCUAAAAAGAACGAGCUGGCUUCGGAAAAGAAAACAGCGUCUUCGCAUCGCAAGGACGGCUCAAAGGUGACGACUGUGGUGGCGACGCCGGGGCAAGGCCCCGACCGGCCACAGGAGGUGAGCUAUGCUGACAUGAAACUCAUCGGAAACGGCAGCUUCGGCGUCGUCUAUCAAGCCAAACUAUGCGACACCGGCGAGCUUAUUGCCAUCAAAAAGGUGCUCCAGGAUAAGAGGUUUAAGAACCGAGAACUUCAAAUCAUGCGACGACUGGAGCAUUGUAAUAUUGUCAAAUUGAAAUAUUUCUUUUACUCCAGUGGAGAAAAGGCGGCAGUGCCCGCAGCAGUGAGCUCAAUGUUAAACGCAAUGCAGUCUCUUGAUGUCGCAAAAGACGAAGUGUACCUGAAUUUGGUGCUGGAGUAUAUACCUGAGACUGUGUAUAAAGUGGCACGUCACUACUCCAAAGAUGAACAAACCAUACCCAUUAGUUUUAUAAAGCUAUAUAUGUACCAGUUGUUCAGAAGCCUCGCGUACAUUCACUCGCUGGGCAUCUGUCACCGAGACAUCAAGCCACAGAACUUACUUCUUGAUCCUAAGACCGGCGUACUCAAACUUUGCGAUUUUGGCUCGGCGAAACAUCUCGUUCGUGGCGAGCCUAACGUGUCCUAUAUUUGUUCCCGAUACUAUCGCGCUCCAGAACUCAUUUUUGGCGCUAUAGAUUACACCACCAAAAUCGACGUAUGGAGCGCUGGAUGUGUAGUAGCGGAAUUAUUAUUGGGUCAACCAAUAUUCCCAGGUGAUUCUGGUGUUGAUCAGUUGGUUGAGAUUAUCAAGGUACUAGGUACACCGACACGAGAACAAAUUCGAGAGAUGAAUCCUAAUUAUACAGAAUUCAAAUUCCCACAAAUCAAGAGCCACCCAUGGGCUAAGGUGUUCCGCGCGUGCACGCCGCCGGACGCGAUCUCGCUGGUGUCGCGGCUGCUGGAGUACACGCCGGGCGCGCGCCUGUCGCCGCUGCAGGCCUGCGCGCACAGCUUCUUCGACGAGCUGCGCGAGCCCGCCGCACGCCUGCCCAACGGCCGCCCGCUGCCGCCGCUGUUCAAUUUCACGGAGUACGAGCUCAGCAUCCAGCCGUCGCUCAACGACUUCCUGAAGCCGCGCACGAGCGCGGGCCCAGCGCCCGACGCAGCGGCGGGCGCGGCGCCGGCGGACGACGCGCCAGGUACUUGCUCGGCCGAGCCGCGC